AGGUGUCGUUUGACAGGUACGAGGAUGUCGCCAACAAGGGCACCACGGCCACCAUCUACAAUGGACCGUGUUAUGUGUUUUGUUUAGUUUUUAGGGAUUUAACGUGAUGAAAUGCGUCUUAUAUUUAAACUUAACGGUAAACUCGUCGGCUACACAGGACGGGAGCAGACUAAAAAAAGUAAUAUAAAUGUAGCCUAGCAGCCUGCUAGCCGUUCACCCGAAAAAGGAAGUCAUUGUUUGAGUUGUAGGCUAACAUGGCAACCGAAGCUAAUGCUAGCAGCGUCGGCUAGAUCAGCUACACGACCAUAUUAUUGCAGAAGGUACUACUUAUGUGGAUCCUGCAUAAUGUGCGACGGUCGUGAAGCCAGUGAGCAGUGCAUGUCCCUCUCUCCCUCAUCCUGGGCUGGCCCUCCAGUUUAACUAUCUCCCCACGAAGUCUCUCCUCUGAGCUGCCAACAUGACCGACAGGAAGGAGCCCCCCUUUUUCAACGACGACAGUGUUGGAGCCUUUCAAUAUAAGCUCCCGUUCUAUGACACUAUGGAGCUCUUCAUAGAGACACUGACAGGGACCUGUUUUGAGCUACGUGUGCUGCCCUUUGAGGCCGUCAUUUCAGUCAAGGCGAAGAUCCAGAGGCUUGAAGGUAUCCCUGUUGCCCAGCAACACCUUAUCUGGAACAAUCUUGAGCUGGAUGAUGAACAUUGCCUACAUGACUAUGGCAUUGCAGAGGGCUGUACUUUAAAACUGAUCUUGGCCAUGAGGGCCGGCCCAAUUAACACCAGGAGAGUAACACUGGAGGAUCCCAUCAAAGAUGUGGCUGACCUGAUGGAGAGCACAAAAGAGGAGGGCUCAGAAAAAACCCUGUCUAACAAGCAGGUCACGUUUGUGGUCUAUCGUGAGGGCGACCAGCUGAACUUCUUCCGAGUUGUUGACAGAGGAGAUGGCACCCUGACUCCUCUGUCUGAAUCUCUGAGUGGUGGUUCGCUGUACAAUGUGUGUGCAGAGGAGGAAGAGGAAGCAGCGACUUCUUCAGCAGCAGCUCAGCACAACCUUGAGAGCUCCAUCACAAUGAACAAAAUGAAGCAACUCAAGGCUAAGAUGGAGGACAUGAACCUCAGCAAGAAGCCGAAGAAGCCGACAAAGCUUAAACCAAGGCCACCUGUCAGCCCUCAUCCCUGCGGUGGCUCUCUAGGACCACCCAGCACGCGACACCAUCAUCGCCUCUUUCGUUCGCUCGCUCAGAUCAACACGCCCUGGCAGUCAAAUGCACAACUACCUCCAAUCCCAGAUCAUAAAUGCAUAGACCCCUUUCCCCCCUCUGCUGCUGCUGCUACUGCUUCAACCUCUGCGCACUUGUCCAUCCCCAGAAGACCCCCUCCUUCCUUCUCCUCGCCUUCUUGUUAUAUGCUUCAGGAGGAGGAGCCAUGGGAAACAUCCCCCCCAUUUGCAAAAAUCCGGCCCCCUCCUAAAAUAUCCCAGUGCGACAUCGGCAGCACCAGGUUAAUGAGGGACUGCGUGUACCCUCAGCUCCCUCCACUGUGUAUCCGGGGGACACCUGAGGCCACCUUCGACCCUGCUGAACCAGCGGAGGGGGCGGUGGGGCUGGGUUUGUUGGAGGAAGCAGCUGGGCUUUUGGUCCCAUCACAACCCGGAGCUCAGUUUGGGGAAGUAUCAGACCCACUGAGUCUGGAUGUGUCCACACAGCCAGAGGGAGGCUGCCAGUCCCUUGCGGUUGGGGCCCAGCACCAGCUACCACUCUCCCCCUCCCCCUCCCCCCUGAGUACUUGGACACUGGGAACUAGUGAAACUCUCACCAGCAGACCUGAUAGGACUCAGCUCGGCACAUCAUUUCACAUCUGCCCUCCCUCUCCGCUGCCCACCUCCACCUCACCAUCCACUUCUACCAGACCGCUGCCUCAGCCUUUUGAUUCCACUUUCUCCUGUUUACAGCCCAACCUUCAAGCACAAGUGAGACCAGGGGCUACGUCCCCUCACCCCUUCAUCUCCUCAUCAAUUUAUCCCCCACGCUUUCGUGGUGUUAAAGUGGAGUCACCUGGCAGGAGGCCAGAGCUUAUCUCCAAAAGGGAAGCAAGAGGCAUCACUCAGAUGGCCAACCAAGCCUGUAAGGAGCCACUGGGGUCCCUGAACAACUCUGAGCUUUUGGCUUCUCUCUCCACGAGGGCUACAGACAGCAUGGAUGGCCUCGGAGAGAGUCUGGGACUUUCACUGAUAGUUCCUCCUGCCACAGCCUCAGGACAGGGCAGACUCGGCUCCGGGCUGCCAUCCAUCCAAACUAACUUGCUCCUUCAGGAUGAUCUCCUCAGACAAAUGUCACCGUUGCACCGAGCAGCAGCCUCUUACAUGGCCACCAACACUCUUGCAUCAGCUGGGGGAGUCAUGACUUCAUUUGGGAGAAUAGGCACUCCAACAUACCACCUACCUCCAGUCAAAGCUCCCAAAGGCAGCAAGAAGAAGAGCUCAAAGCACUGCUUCCUCUGCGGCAGGAAGACUGGCCUGGCCACCAGCUACGAGUGCAGGUGUGGUCACAACUUCUGUGCCACCCACCGAUACGCAGAGACGCACGACUGCACAUUCGACUACAAGAGUGCCGGGCGUCGAUUUCUGCAAGAAAGCAACCCUCUUAUCAGUGCUCCCAAGCUGCCUAAGAUCUGAACCCUACACCUCUCACCUCUGUGAAGGGACAGCCUGGAGAACCACAGGUUUGAAUUGACUGAAUGGUAGAAUUUCUGCAAUGUGACUUUUCUAGCUGAAAGAAGGAACUUAUUCACCACUGUGUGCUCUUUUUUAAAAUCUGCCAAGUUUGCUUAAAAUUCCAAUAAGAUAUUCUGAAAAAGCCAAGUGUGAACAAACAAGAGACGACUGAAAAAGGCACAGAGUUUCUUAUCACCUUUUGUCAAUGUGAAGAUGUUUAUCUUGUUUUAAUCCGUUACCUUAUUGUUUUCCUUUCGCCUAAAAACAAAAAGACCCUCUGCAUGUAUGUAGGUAGGUUUUGCAAAAUAUAUCUGCUGCAUGUUCAGACAUCUUUUUUAAUUUUUUCAGCCUGUUUUUUAUUUCCCUUCAAAAGGACUGCUCGUGACAUUUCAUUGGACAAGUCUUUGACAGAUGCACUUUAGAACUAUCAUAUUUAUACAUUUGACUGUCUUUAUUGUGUGGGGAUCGGGAGAAGGAUACUUAUAUUUCUAUGUUUGUCUUAUGAAGUGUUUAUGCUGUUGUCAUCAUGAUUUUUUUAAAAUAGUCUUUCUUACAUGGGCACAUACCAACUGACAACACUAAUGAAGAACAAUACACCCACCACAUAUUCAUGAAAUACUUAAUAUUUAUUAAUAAAUACUACUUAUUUAAAUUCAAGGUUGGUUUUGAAAUAGCAAGUAUGCAACGUGUUUAGGUAUGAAUGUCAGUUUUAAUGUGUAUCCUAUCAAGUAAACUGUAUUAGGAAUUUUGGGGAGGGGGGGUAAUGGUAUUUAUGAUGUGUCUUUAAAUACGUUGGUUGCCAUAAAAAAAAAAAAAAAUUUGUAAGUCUUUUUUAUUGCUCAGCUGUUGCAAAAAAACUUAAAAUGCUGUUCUAGUAUCUACAAGGGUUUGAUCUAAUAAAGUUUCUUUCCGAACA